GCUGGUGUCUCAUCAGGAAACGACUGAGGAAAAGUUUCCCUCCUUCCUAUUGUCCACUGCAGCUAGCUAAAUAUUUUACCAAACCACCAUGAGGCGAACACGGGCUUCUAACAAAAAGAGCCAGAGUGCAGCAGAAAGUGAAGAUGUCCGGCUGAAAACAGAGUGGCAGUGGAUGGGAGACGGCAAGCAGUGGGUGGCGUAUCCGCCCGCCGCCUGCGCCUUGCUGGACUCAGCCGUGUCUUCUGGGGAGACGUCCGUCACUCUGCAGCUCGGCUCGGGGACGGCCUACGACGUGGAUCUGAAGAAGAUGGUCCAGAUAAAUCCUGUCACCAAAUACAAGAGGAAGAUUCGCUCCCACACCGUGAAGCUCGAAAGUUCAGCGGAUGAUGGUGAGGCGACGACACAAAAUGGGAAACCGGCUGAAGUCAAAGAGGAAGAAGAAGAAGAGGCAGAAGAGCAGCCUGCGCCGAAGAAGAGGAGAGGACAGAGCAAGAAGCAGAUAAAGACAGAAGAAACUCCCAAAGCAGAGGCAAAAGAUGAAGCGGAGGUUGUGAAGAAGGUGGUCUUGAAGGGAAUGGCUCCAGUGGACCCAGAAUGCAAAGCCAAGCUGGGAAAGGCUCACGUCUACAGUGAAGGAAAAGAGGUUUUCGAUGUGAUGCUCAACCAGACGAAUCUUCAGUUUAACAACAACAAGUAUUACCUGAUCCAGCUGCUGGAGGACGACUCCUCCAAAGCCUACAGCGUGUGGAUGAGAUGGGGCCGAGUGGGCAAAGUGGGCCAGAGCAGCCUCACCGCCUGCGGCGCAGACCUGCUCAAGGCCAAGAACGUCUUCAAGAAAAAGUUUUUCGACAAGACGAAGAACGAGUGGGACGACCGGCAGAACUUUGAGAAGGAGCCCGGGAAGUACGACAUGGUGUUCAUGGAUUACAGCGCCAACGACAAGGAGGAGAAUAAGACCACGGUGGACACCGCUCCCAAAAAGAAGACCUCCAAGCUGGAUGAGAAGGUUCAGCAGCUGCUGGAGCUCAUCUGUAACAUCAGAACCAUGGAGGAGUGUGUGCUGGAGAUGAAGUUCGACGUCCGCAAGGCUCCCCUCGGAAAGCUGACCACUGAGCAGAUCCGCGCCGGCUACCAGGCGCUGAAGAUGAUCGAGGACUGUCUGAAGAGGAAGGGCAGCGGCCAGCAGCUGCUGGAGGCCUGCAACCAGUUCUACACCCGCAUCCCGCACGACUUCGGGCUGAGGACUCCGCCCAUCAUCCGCACGGAGCAGGAGCUGAAGGAUAAAAUCGCCCUGCUGGAGGCGCUGAGUGACAUCCAGAUCGCCGUGAAGAUGGUGCAGAGCAGUGAGGACGGCGACGAACACCCGGCCGACAAACAGUACCAGGCCCUCCGCUGCAAGCUGCAGCCCCUGGACUCCAGCAGCAGCGAGUUCAAGAUGAUAGAGAAGUACCUGCAGUCCACGCACGCCCCCACACACUCCGACUACACCAUGAGCGUGGUGGACAUCUUCUCCGUGGACCGGGACGGCGAGAGCGCCAGCUUCCUGUCUCAGCUGCACAACAGGACCCUGCUGUGGCACGGCUCCCGCCUCUCCAACUGGGCCGGGAUCCUCAGCCAGGGCCUCCGGGUGGCGCCGCCUGAAGCCCCCGUCACCGGCUACAUGUUUGGUAAGGGCAUCUACUUCGCUGACAUGUCGUCAAAAAGUGCCAACUACUGCUUCGCCUCGCAGAACAACAAGGUCGGGCUGCUGCUGCUGUGCGAAGUUGCCCUGGGAGACUCCAACGAGCUGCUCAACGCCGACUACGAGGCCAGCAACCUCCCAGCUGGGAAGAGCAGCACCAAGGGCCUGGGCCGGACCGGGCCGGACCCCAGGAAGGCCGUCACGCUGAACGGAGCCACGAUGCCGAUGGGCCCCGGGGUGAAGACCAGCGUGGGCUCGGCCAGCGGCUACUCCCUGCUCUACAACGAGUUCAUCGUCUACGACCCCGCCCAGAUCCGCAUGCGCUACCUGCUGAGGAUCCAGUUCAACUACUCGUCCUCGCUGUGGUGAGGCGCCCAGCAGUGUCUGCACAGACCCUGCUCCAGUUCCUCUUGGCUGACGCUCAUUUAGCUCCGGUAUGGCCGCUGGACUCUGGGGACCAGGGAGGGCUCGUGGUCGUGUGUGUUUGUCCCGUUUGCUGGAGGGAAUCCAUGAAAACACUACAUCCAGCCAAUCGGACGCCUUCCUGGCGCCGUCACACGAUGGACGAGCAGCGUUACGCUUCUUAAGCUGGUCUGUUAUUCUAAUGAAGCGAGGGAGCGUACACACGAUCACAGUUCCUCCUGUUCAUUUAUCCCUGAUCAAAAAGAAAAAAAAAAAAA